CACUCCUCCCCCUCCAUCUCUAUUUUCUCUCCUCUCAUCCCUCCUCCUUCCUCCCCUUCCUCCUCUUCCUCCCUCCCUCCUCUUCCUCCCUGUUAUCAGAUGAGUCAGUGUGUGUCCGUGUGUGUGUUCAGUCAGUAGCGUGAUGGCGUCUCUCAGCCUCCUGCUGCUCAGCACCGCGCUGAUCCACACCGCUCAGCCUCUACCUGCAGCUCGUGGCGGAGGGCGUGGCCUGGAUGUGUCAGUGGGUGGGAUCAGACGCCAGCGCAGAGACCUCCGUAACCUGCUGCCUUAUGAGGACCAGGUGUUGUCAUAUCCUGCUUCCCAGGGGGGAGGCGGGGCCAACAACCUGUACUACCAAUCAGAUGACUGGAGGGGGCGGGGCCUGGACCAGGCUCUCCAGCGAUUGGUGGAAAGGGACCAGAGGCGGGAGCAGGAAGAGGAGCAGCGAGCAGCAUACUUGGCAGCUUUGCUCCGCCUACUGAGCGAGGCAGAGAGCGCAGGAUUGGUUGGCCCAGGUGACGUUGAGGUGGUAGAGGAGGAGGAGGAUGAAGAGGAGGAUCAGGGGCCACCAGGAGACUUCCAGGGCCCGGCCCCCGCGGACUACGAUGAGACAGGACGGGGGCUGAACAUGGGGAGGCCCCCCGCUGCCUGGUGGGGCCUCCUGGAGCCCCAGCUGGCUCAGGCGCUGCUGGACAGGAUGGAGCCUCAGCUGGCUCAGACUCUGCUGGAGAGGGCCCGACAGGAGCGCCUUCAACAGGCCGGACGAGUUCCAUCAGGACUGAACCGAGGAGGCGACCAGGACGCUCUGAGACGUCUGGUUGCUAGGUUACUGUCUAGCAUUGGCCCUAACGACACCCCGGUGAUCUCCUCUGGUCGCCGUACGAGGAGGGACGUGUCCAUUGCAGCACCUGAACCUGCUAGCUCCGCCCACAGGAGAACCCGCCGCUCCCUUGAUGAUGUGGCUCCUCCCUCACCUAGCAACGACCCACCUCUGCUCAGAGUGAAAAGGCUGGAGGACGAAGAGGAGGAGGAAGAGGAGAAGCUCAGCCCCCCCGCUGCCGGGCUGCAGAGGAUGAAACGCAUCAAUACCAUGGCAACACCUGAUGUGGAAGAACUGAAUCAUGGGAGUCGUAGGCGCCGGAGGAGAGCUGUGGCGAACUACGACCCCCAAAUACUGAUCGAUCAGAUCCUGGAGUACAUGAGAGAGUAAGAGGAGGAGAGGAGAGGAGAGGAGAGGAGAGGAGAGGAGAGGAGGAAGAGCAGGAGGGGAAAGAGGACAGGAUAGGGGUUGAGGAGAGGAGAGGAGAGGAGAGGAGAGGAGAGGAGAGGAGAGGAGAGGAGGUGAGGAAGAGGAGGUGAGGAAGAGGAGGAAGUGUAUUUCAUCAUUGUCUUUCAGGAUUUUUUAUUUCCUGUAUUUUUUAAAUGUUUUGCUGCUUUUGGUGAAAAAUCGUCUCUGAUCAGUCGUUUGUUGUUAAAAUGAGAAGAAAUGAAAAAGUGAUGGAGGAAAUUUAAUUUAUAAAAUCUGUCAUGUCCUUAAAAAAGUCUUUUAAAUGUCCUGCAGAGGGCGGCGUCAUUCUGCUUUUUAUUUAACCCCUUCAUCUCCACUUCAGUGAUGAAAUAUAUUCAUGAAACAGCUCAGUCAUUAUUAAUUAAUAUAAAAGUAAACAAUCAACUUGAUUUCAUGUGAAAAAGAAGAGCGGCUCUGAAUCAUCCAAAGAUUUUAUCGACUGAACGUGUGACAGAAUAAUCAGAGAGAAGUUUAACUGCUUUAAACUCAGCGGGUCAUUAAAAUAAAGCUUUAACAAAUGACGUUUGUUCACACUAAUGAUGAGAUGAAACCGGCUCUGUCUGCAACACGCAGCUCAACAUAAUAUCAGUUCAUAUUUACCGUAAAACUUCUAUUAAAAGCCCAGGCUAUCAUUUGCUUAAAUCACUGAAAUCAACAGGCCUAUAUUUGAGACAGGCCUUUAAUUCCUUUCACACAAAACUUUUGCUACAAUCAAACUGUUUAUUUGAACUAAAAUGAAUAUGACUUGUUUAUAAAUAAGGCUUUGAAUAACAUUUUAAUUAUUAUAUUAUAUAAAUCAUUACAUUUUUUUUACAGCACCCAGCAUAACAACACAACACUACUUUAUCCUGUUAAAACAAUGCUCUUAACUUGGAUUAAUGUUUAUGAAAAAUCUUGAUUCUUUUGAUCAGUGGACCCUUACCGACUACAGAAAUAUAAAUAACUUAGCGGGAAAUAAAGGAAUGGACACAUAUUCUGACUUUAUGACCCCUACAGAAGAAGGCAGUCACCAUUUCUUUUUCCAUCCCCGUUGUUAAACAUGCAUCUAAAUCUGAAUGGUUUCAGUUAAGUAAACUGAAUGAUUGAAUUGUAAAGAAUCUGACCAAGCUAAUGAUGCGUAGCAUCUCUGUACUGACAACAGUUUAAACAUUCAUAUUUGUAUGUGCAAUCAAAGCAGCUCAGUAACAUUAGCUCAGGUGGCCAACAGCCUGUUUUAUACAUCCAAAGAACUUCUAUAAAAAUGAGCAGGCCUCUGAUGGAGACAGGCCUUUAUUUGUCGACACGUGUAGCAGCACCGGGCUCGUUACAGUGACUGGGCCUUCAAUUGAAGUUUUACAGUAUUUGGGUUUAAGUGAAGAUUUUCUUCCAGAGAAACUCUUUAACGAACAGUCUGAACUCUGUUUAAAAUAUUAGAACCUAAUUAUGUUUUUGUUGUUGUUUGUUUUGUGGGAAACUUUUUCGGAAAUGACAUAUUUGCCUUAAUCUGGUCUGUGGAGAGGCUUUUAACACUACACUACACUACCCACAAUCCUCAGCAGCUGUUCCAAAUGCCAAAAAUAAUCACUUUAACUUUUUUGCAUUUUUUUUCCAUCAGUUUUACAAAGAUCCAACUGUAACAUCAAAACCCAGCAGCUGACCCGCAGCACAGUCUGAAGCUCUCUGACUGGUUGUUUCUGACAGCAGUGCUCUCUGGGACUUGUAGUU